CGACACCACCAUGCCCCAACCAGAGAACGACCAAAUCUCUGGAAACCCUUCUCAGGAUACCGUUUCGGUCUCGCGGAAACGGACCCACCCAGAGGACUUUAAGCGCGCUUACAAAGCAUGCAUCAAUUGCAGACAAAGGAAGGCGAAGUGCAUCUUAGGCACGGGACCUGAUGGAAGUGAGUUGAAACCGCCAUGCCAACGAUGUAGGAGAGAAAUGAGAGAGUGUGUCUUCAGGUCGGAACGAUCCUGGGUGAAGAGACGCAAGCCUAGUGAGAAUGCAUCCGCCGAAGAGAACGCAGACACAGCUGCCCGUCCGGAUGGGAUGCCGUCAAAUGACACUGGGAAUGCUAGCUCCCAGCAACCAUCAAUGCACAGACUGUCUGCUUCAGGACAUGUGGUGACACCAAUUGAUACUCCCCAUGGCCUUGACAGGUCGGAUCAUGAGUCCAUACUCUCCCCUCCGGCAAGGUUGCGUCGAAUAUCAACAUCUCAGCCUGUAGAUUUGGCGAACUCUGUCAUGAGAACAGUGGUGUCUAGCGGUAAUGAUGCACUCAAUUUACUUUUCGAGGCGGCGCAUCACCGAGAUGCCAUCGACUCUCAAGAUCUUGGAGCAAGCGGAUCUCAGCCGUACGAGACGCCACGGUCUGGGCCAUCCAUCCCAAAUCCUUCUUCGCCAUUCACAUUCAAGGCUCAGCCUGUACAAAUGUCUCAACCUUCCCCAGAAACUCUCAAAAUCUGGACAUCGUGCCGUUAUGUGCAGAUGGGGUGGUUCUCUGCUCAUGAGGCGGUCACAUACGUUGAUCUCUUCUUCAAGAAUUGUUCGCCACUAUCACCAAUUCUUUCUGAUUUCUACUCCCAUCACUCGAACCAUUACUCACUGAUCGCACUCGAUCCUUUCCUGUGUGUCACGAUUCUUAUGAUUUCCUCCCGUUAUAACAUCUUGCCUGGAGUUGGUGGAGCCUCUCGUGGCUACUUUGUACAUGACCGGCUGUGGGAGCAAUGCCAAAGGUUCAUCAUGAAGAUUAUGCUGGGGCAAGUCAAACCCUCCAAAGCGCAAACUCGGACUAUUGGAUCAAUCGAAGCACUGCUUCUCCUCUCAGAGUGGCAUCCAAGAGCGCUCCACUUUCCUACGGCGAGUGAUGGGUGGGAUUGCGAGUUGAUGAUUGGGAUUAAUAACCAUACCGCAGAAGGCGCUAAAAUCCUCGAAGGGGAUUCCACGCCAAAUAGAUGGCUUGAGGAUGUCAUAGAGCCUGCUAAACGAUCCGACCGGAUGUCCUGGAUGCUAAUGGGAUGUGCCCUGUCUCUUGCUCAAGAGCUAGGCCUUUUCGAAGACAAUAGCAAUGUGGAGAAAGACCAUGUCUCAUACCCCAAGUUCUCCACCGAGUACCUAGUUCUGCGCCGCAUUCGAGCACGGAAAUUAUUGUUUGUUUUCAUUGAGCAGCUCUCUUGGAGACUAGGGUGCACGUCAAUGAUCCCACAAAGCCUCAACCAUGCAUUGAUGGAGAAGAUCCCAGUCGACUCUACAACCGGAGCUGUAGAGCAAUGGCAAUCAUUCAUGAGUGCUUGGGUUGAACUCACCAAAUUAGCGAGAUCCGUCUCUGACACAGUGUAUCCUUCUGCAGCCUUCACUCGCAACCUAUUGCGAAGCGGUCGAUAUAUUGGGCUCCUGGAACAUUUCCAGCCAUUAUUAACAACAUGGAGGAGGAAAUACCUUGACCCCUGCAAACUCAAGGUUGGUCUGCACGACAUGCUCACCAUCGAAUACGAGUAUGUGAGGAUAUAUACCAACUCACUCGGCAUGCAAGCUGUGGUUGAACGCACACUUGCAGAGGCAGAUCCCGAUGGUCCUCAAGAAGAUAUACUCCAAAUGACGAUCGAGCCAAGGGAUUACGACUUCAUAUCUGAGGUCGUUGAUGGCAGUCGCAAGAUUCUUCAAAAGGUCAGCCAGCUCGCCGAGUCGGGGGCCUUGCGGUAUUCUCCUGUUCGGAUUUUCCUUCGCAUCACAACCUCCUCAAUCUAUCUCAUCAAAGGACUCAGCCUUGGAGUGAGAAACGCCAAGUUGCAAUCCUCGCUUGACAUUCUCGACCGCGCUAUCCAUGCUAUGCGCUCAAGCACGCUAGACGAUAUGCACCUCGCGUCUCGUUAUGCCAACCUUCUCGAAGUACAUGUUGCUCGUCUUCGAGAUAGCUUUAUCGUAUCCUCUCGACCCCCUCGUUUGCCACCACGAGAUGCUCCUCUUGACAAAAAUGCGACCACCGGCAUGGAUUUCUUAAAUAACCAUAAUGCUGGGGGGUCAGGAAUUGCAGCACUAGCAGAAGAUGUUACGGGCCUGAUGCCGGAUGAUGACUGGCUGGCACUUCCCUUCGAUCCAUCGAUGGCACCUUUUGGACUUGAUAGUCAACAGAGCUUCCAGGGAUUUGAUGAUGGAACUUUGGACUUCAUCUGGAAUUUGCCGAUGUGAGAGAUGAUUAGAUGAAACAUGAUAAUUCCAAUUUAUUGAAGGGUCAAUAUCUAAACGAUGAAGUUGAGUGAGUUUGACACUGAGACUAUAUGUUUUAUGUGCAUCCAGCUGUUCUUAAUUCAUAACACAUUCUCUUCAGUGGUGGUGUUAAAGGAUGCUUAUUUUGUAAUGCAAUCUUCCUUAUCU